AUGUGGCGGCCCGGCUUGAUGCUGCUGCUGCUGGGCUCCGCUUGUAGGGAGGCGACUGCGGAGGGCGACCCCGAGGAUUUUCUCCCCAUCGAGCUUUCCUUGGGAAAAUUUAAGACGGUCUUGCUGAACAGAACCGUUCUGGCAGAAGCGGUCUUGAGAAAUAUUGCCAGCAAUGUGACAGUCGUUAUCUUUCAGAUCCACGCCCAUCAGAAGAACGUAAUCAUUUCCUUUGAUAAGAAACUUUCUGUCAACAACUCUGGAACUGGAGUAGAUCAGGGGUUGGUGUCUCUCCUUCGACCUCAGCAGAGUGUGUGUACCUGGUAUUUCCGAGCAGUGGAUGCUGAUCAGGUGCUGAGUUCAGCUGUGGCACUCUCCUAUAUUGAAAGAGAUCCAAUCCCUGGUGGCUGUAAUCUGGAGUUUGACUUGGAAAUUGAUCCCAAUAUUUAUUUAGAGUAUAAUUUAGCUGAGACGCACAUUAAAUUUGCCCCAGCAAAUCUUGGAUACCCAAGAGGCACAACCCCCCCCACGUGUGAUUCUGGGACUGGCUGGGACACGAGGUGGAGAUUGUACUACGAUGUCUAUCAGUAUUUCCUACCAGAGAAUGAUCUGUCCGAAGCUGCAUUUGUGAGCCACGUGAGGAAGAUGUCUGAGGUUCAAGACAUUGAAGCGAAUGGCAUCAGAAUGAUGACUUUAACUAGUGAAGACAAAACAGACCUGUACUUCUCGUCACUCCCUGGACAAGGAGUGAUUUACAAUGUCGUCGUGAGGGAUCCAUUGUGGAACACGUCUGCUGCAUAUGUACCUGUUCACACAUAUGCCUGUAACCUGAAUGUCGUGGUUGAUAACUGCUCCUCUCUUAGAAGACUCUCCACCAAAAUAUAUUUCACCAUUCUUGCCAUCCUUAGUCUCUUUGUCUGUUUCUUUGGACACCGUUUCUGGAAAACAGAUCUGUUCUUCAUGGGCUUCAUCUUCAUGGCAUUCUUUUUCUUUAUCAUGAUUACCAGAACAGCUAACCUCCAUUAUGAUGUGAAUCUUGGGCUCACAGCACUAGCUGGAGUUGUUGGCGGUCUUCUCUUGGUAGCGUACUGGUGGCGAUUUGGCGUUGUGUUCCUCUGCAUGUUGGUUGUAGGACUAGUGCUGGGUUUCCUUGUCGCAGCAACCAUCUUCUUCACUCCCAUGGGCGAUUACAAGGUUUUCCAGGAUGAUGCUGUGUUCUGGGUGACGUUCUGUUGCCUUGCUUUGAUGGUUCCGGUUGUUUUUGUUGGCUGUCCACGAGUACUGAACAUCUUGGCAUGUGGCAUUGUUGGAUCUUACACCGUAGUUUUGGCUACUGCUUGCUACUUGUAUACUAGCCUUUCUUACAUUGGCAUAGACCUGCUCCGGCGGAUUCUCAAUGACGACUUCAAAAGAGCUUACUCCAGUGUGCCCUUUCAGUCUAAUGACUUCGUCCUCUUGGCAGUCUGGGCCAUGCUGGCCAUAGGUGGGAUAACUGUGCAGCUACGUCGUGAGAGAUGUGAGGCUCCUUUCCCGCCGCAUCCUUACCGGCUAUGGAGGCGGGAGAGAGAGCGCAGAGUAACCAACAUCCUGGAUCCGAGUCAUCACGUCCCUCCCCUGAGAGAGAGGAUCCUUAGCAAGCUCUCCCAGAUCAAAGACUUGUUCCACAAAGAGCAGGUGGCAGGGGAAAGGACGCCGCUGCUUAUGUAGCCUGGCUGACAGUUGGAAAGAGACUGCG